GGUAUGUACAGUAUUGGUUCAGCGAGAUCACCUGGCCCACACGCAAGACACGGCAAGGACGACUAGGAAGGAAUUUGGAAAUGCUGGGAGUACCGCUAGGUAAUUGGGGUUUUCUCAAGCUUCCACGGCCAGGCGGAAAGAUCGCCAUAGGAAGACGAUUGGCUAUGCCGAUUAGGCUUGUAUUUCUAGCGUUCUUGAUCUAUGAAUUCGCGGAUCGCAACAUCGCCACUUAUCCCCUGUGAUCAACCAACGGACUCACAGCGUCAGGUCUCCAAACCAGGAAGUUAUUCAGAUCCGAACAGACGUCGACAGUGUGUCGUGCCUCGCGGCUCAGCCUCGUGCUGAUUGAAGACUCUUCCCGUCAUGCGCACGCUCUCAAAUACCCAGGAACUUGUCUAGUCGGAGGGUACAGAGCGAUGAAAUUCGGCCACUCGUUCAAGGAGGCCUUGGAGGGGGCGGCCUAUCCCAGUCACUGGGUAGAGAGGGCGAUUCCCUAUCGAGAGCUCAAAAAAAUCUUGAUCAAGGUUCGAGAGGAGCUAAUUAAAAAGGGUUAUGACCACGAUACCCUUCACCAUCUCCUCGAAAGCCGUAACGCCGAGUAUAACCUCCUAGCGGGAGAUUCACAAUUUUUACGGCCUAGGCUUGUCGUGCGCCCAGAGUCUAACACUUCGCCGUUGCCUUUGCCGGAGCUAGAGCCAGAGCCAGAGACAGAGGGCUUUACGACAAUCACAUCCUUGGCAGAGUCUAGUAGUGCCUUGAAGCUACAUGGAAAUGAGCCUCUCCCCCAAAAACAAUACCAAGCUGAUCAGUGGGGAUGGGUGAAGAUUCCCCUAGAUGCCGACACUAGGUUCUUCGCUGUCCUCCAGGCCGACGUUAAUGAGCUGGAUAAACUACAAACCAAGGAGCGGCAGUUGAUGAACGACGACAUCCAUGUUCUUGGCAACGAGAUAUUCGAAGUCGCCAAGCCCCGGAAGGGGCUCUUCCAUCUCUCAAAGUCAGAUCUAUAUCGGUGGCGCGAGAUAUUUGAGCUUUACCUUGCUGCUCAAGUCUUCUUCUCGACCGUGGAAACAGCCGGCGGUACCCGAACCAGCGAAAAGGCGCGAAAACAACUCGUCUGGUUCCAGGACGAGGUCAAUAAGCGACGACUCUUGCACAGGUUCAAACUUGAAGCCAGCGCUAUUGCUUAUUCACGAUUUCUGUCACUGAAUUCAGCACUACUCAAGAAUCUGCAAUUCCAGGAGCUUAACCAGACAGCUGUCACCAAAAUCAUCAAGAAAUUCGACAAACAAACAUCGCUGGGAAUAAAGGACGUGUUUCCCAAAGCCAUGAAUUCCGCCCACUUCAUCGCUGAAUGUAUUUCCAAGGACAUCUGCGCACAAAUGUCCCAGGAGGUACUCAACAUUGUUCCACAGGUCGCAGACUACACAUGCACAAUUUGCCUUUCUAUCUGCUGGCUGCCCAUACAGCUCGACUGUAGACAUACAUUUUGCAUCCGCUGCAUGAUCAAGAUGCAGAAUCGAAAUAAGAGACUCUGUCCGCUGUGUCGUGCUAAUACAGUCAUGCUAGCUACUGAAGGCAUGCUUUCCAUUAACCCAUUGUUCUUCCCCUCCCCCCCCCUCCAAACACUCGUACCGCACAUAGACGCGAAACUCAUGGUUUUUAUGGAGCGUUGGUUUCCAAAGGAGACGAAAGAAAAACAAACCUACAACGAAAUAGAGCGACGCAAGGAGCUCCUAGGCGAGACUGACAUAGAUACUGGAUGCUCCAUCAUGUGA